AUGUCAUCUGCUGAGAUUUUGAAUAGGGCUCUUAAGCAUGCUGCAGCUACAAUAGAACUAAUCCUUGGCAAAGCGGCGCUGCUCAAAUGUAGCAACACCGAAGAGCUGAAGUUUGCUGCGGAGAUUGGAGAAAUUUUGUCAAACAGUUUUGAACAUCAUGGUAUUUCCGCCUCUAUGAUACCGCCUGUCCUGCUAUCAGCGGCGAUGGAGCUGUUGGAACACCUGGAUGCCACACGUAAAUAUUUUGUCCGGGUGCCGGCGUGGACAAAUAUCCAAUCGGAUGACCCCCACAUCCAGAACCAUCCAUUAAAGAAUAAGGCUUCUCUGCUGACCUAUAAGUUAUCGCCAUCACCUGUCACAUCAUCAUUCGGCGUCAGCGAUGACAAAGCACCAUCCCUAACUACAGCCAACAGCGCAUCCCAGGUCAAACCAAAGCCAAAGCAGGUGCUGAUAAAGAAGAAAGGGCAGGAGCCAUCUCUGGAUGAUGCAAUCCAUAUAGUUCCUGUGGCCGAAGUAAUGGUAGAGGCACUGUCGGGUAAGGAAGUAGCAAGUGCGGUCUGGGAGGAGGAUCCGGAAUCGGCAUGUGGAACCACCAGCAGCCCACAGAAGAGGAGAAGGAAUACUAGCCAAAGUUGCCUACCACCUAAUGACCCUACACCUGCAGCCCGGCAACCUUGGUUUUCGAGUGGCCUCACAUUGCCUGUACAGACCGCUAAGAGGGCCAAGGUUACUGAAUCACCGAAUGGUGUGAUUGCUGAUAUAUCUAUGGAACAUGUCAAUACUGUAUGUAUGCCAUGCAUUCCGACCUACAAACUGCUUACCACUCGCAGUCAAAUGAUGGUGCGGCUUUGGACCCCCCUUGUGAUCAUUGCAAAAAAUCAGUUAUGGUUUGACUGUGAUCUUAGUGCAAUUGAUGACCUCCGCGCCGCGGUUGCGGCAUUACAGGAUGAUGUCAAGGUAUUGCUAGCAGAAUCAGUGACACAUGAUCGGGAGCUCCAGAGUACUGAGCAGACCAUAACAUCCCAGGAACGAUACCGCAACAUCCUUAAGGAUGGUUAUGAAGGUCUCCGACAACGCGCACUCGCAUCUAACAAGGCAAUGCAUAACCCAUUUCCCAACACAGUAUUCAUUCCAAAUCCUGCUUAUGAGGGGCACCAAAGUCUCAUUCCUGUCAGUAUAAGCCAGGUGCAGGCCCUGGAAAGGUUGUACCUUGACCUGCCCAGCAGUGUCAAUGCAGGUGGGGGUCCAUCGACUGUUGCAUCAACUGUUGGUAAUAUCCCCGGUCCAUCCCGUGCCGCACAUUCCUUCGGUGACUCGGCAUCCACUUUGGGCUCAAAGUAG